AUGGACCCAUCCAAGAAAAAACCAUCAUUGCCGCGCCUAACCACCAGUAUACCUCUUCUCGAGCAAUCCCCCAAUGCAUCCUGCAAUGCUUUACCAUCAAAGGUCCCUCCAGAUGCCAGCGCCCCACCUAUCAUUAUCCCAGAAAAGCCAGCGAGAACUCCAUCAAUGUUUAAGGAGGAGAAGCACGACGAGGAAAACAUAGCGCCAGCCACACGUUUUUCGUCAGAUGCAAUGCCCAUCUAUGUCUCUCAGAAAAAUGUGGACGAUUCACCGUUGACCAAGGCAAAGAAAUUGUACUAUGACGACGCAUUUACAGCCCGUGGAUCCCACAAUUCACCAAAGGACCGUGUCAUGUAUGAAUCUGUUGUUGUCGUUGAGCUCAAGACCAAUACCAAAGCGAAGGAAGACACUUCCAAGCUAUUAUCGAAUUUGAUCCACUCCAUGGCCCAGUUUUAUCAGCGUCCAGAGACAUCAAUACUGGUGACUAUCGACCAAAACGCCGACCUAAUUUUCGGCACUAACCCCGGCUCGGCGUAUCUUCUGAAGAUUAGUGCUCUCUCAAGUUUGAUUGGAUCCCUCACCAAUCUACGCAACACCAAUCUCAUUCAAGCAGCUAUCCAAGAACUGAUUGGCAUCGCUCCAGACAAAGGAGUUGUCAUAUAUACUCCAGUAAGCGAGGACAAUCUUGCAACGAAUGGGACAACUGCCAGAGCUGAGAUCGAUCGCCUGGAGCAAAUUGACAGCAACAGCCCUUCAUUCUUCAAGACCAUUUCACGAUCUAUGAGUCGUCGCAUCAAAUCGAGUAGCGGUAACAGUGCUCCACUGUCGCUCACUUCAGUCAUGAGUCCUGAUAGCGCCACCACCACUUCAACUUCUUCCGCCGCAGUUGCUUCAGCACCGGCUCCCACACUGCGACCACAUCAAGGAGAUAAUAAAAAGCCAAUCAAUCAACCAAAGUCACCAAAGGAGGAAUUGGUCCAGCAGGUAUCAUCCAAGGAUGAGAAAAGUGAACGAACCUUGAAGAAAAGAAACAGCUUCCGAGGGUUUGUCACUCGUCGCUUGGGUGAACUAGGCGAGUUAGCAUCGAGGAAACCACCCAAUGACUCCAAGGGAAAACAGGACUAA